CCGUGCUUAGAGAUAUAUAUUAACAAAAAAUGGAGUUGAGUCUUCUGCGCAGUGUCCCAAUUGCGAGAUCUGAAGGGGCAAUCACAGUUUCAAAUUCCGCAGAAUGGCCGCCAAAUCUCUGCUGGUUCCGGAGAUCGGACCCGAUGGCCUCCCCAGAGAAGCCCCUAUCAUCGCCUACACCGAAAAGAUAAUUGAGGAAGAGCAGCUUCAAUUGAAGAAAUACAUUGAAGAAAAUUAUACAAAGAUUCGUGAUGUUGAGCGAGAGUUGUCAAAUCUUACAUUAGAGGUGAAACUCACUGCUGGACCAAAGAAAGCAGCACUGGAACACAUGAGAAAGAAAAUUGAAAUCUCAACUGAGAAAAUUCAUGCUGCAAAGCUAAAGGAAGAACAAGCACGAAAGGCAUGGGAGGCGGCACUACAGGCUGUAAAGGAUGAGGAAGCAAUGAAGCAGAAACUAUGUGAAGACUUGAACAAUCUGGUUCAAGAAAGUAGCAACUCCCAGUUUGCUAGACUGGAAGAGUUGAAAAGACGACUAGAAGCUUUAAACCCAGGCAGAUCAUCCACUUCUGUCCUUAAUGAUGGGAAGCCAACAGGACCUGCCCAGAGUAGCCAGCCCCUAGAUGCUUCCUCAGUUCCGAGUCCAUUGCCACCAACACCAGCAGAAAUCGUAGCAACUGAAGAAAAUGGCGGAAGUGCUCCAGUCUCAAACAGCCACAACCAACAGUCUUCGGUCGAGGGUGAAGGAAGAGGGAGGAAGAAAAUCCAGAUUCAGGGAAAAACAAAGGGAAUAGGGGCCGUUCCCAAGGGCAGAGGACCUUCGGGACCCGGUUGGACCGGGGCCGGAUUCGAUGUGGAUGGUAGAGCUUAACAACAAUAGUACCAUUUCAUAAUCUCUUUUUAGUUCCUAAUUGUGGGGUGGAAGAUGUAAUAGCUUGGAAGCAACUAUUAUAUCAUUGAGUUCUUUUCCUUUAACCAACU